AUGGAGAAAAAAAUUGUAUAUCUUAUCACGUUUGCUUGUUUUGCGAGACGCUGCUUUGCUCUAAAGUCUGUCAAAGAGGUAUAUAUCCCAGGAGACUUUGUUUUAGGAGCACUCUUUCCAAUACACGACUCCAAAGACGGAAUCUGCACUCCGCAGGUGAACGGACAAGACGGGAUUCAGAUUCUGGAGGCGACAAUCUUUGCUCUGACGGAAGUGAAUGAUCAUCUGAGAGAAAAAGGUUUUUCUCUAGGAUUACUGGCUAGGGAUUCUUGCUUUGAUACAGGCAUAUCACUACAACAUGCGCUUGAGUUCGCACAAAAGCGAUAUAACUCACAAUCAAAUAGGCCUCAGAACUGCACUUCUUUGUCCGAAACUAACAACGUCGUUGGUGUAAUUGGGCCACUCAGAAGCAUGGAAACAGUAGACGUAGCAAAUCUACUCACUUUGUUUAAAGUGCCACAGAUAAGCUACUUUGCCACAACCCCGGAACUGAGCGACAAUGUUAAAUACAAAUACUUUAAGAGGACGGUCCCCUCUGAUACCUACCAGGCCAAAGCAUUAGUCAGCAUAAUGCGUUCUCUAGAUUGGCAAUAUGUCAGUAUCCUCUAUGAAGACAGUAACUAUGGUAUUGACGGGUACACUGAGAUCAAAACUGCCGCUGAGGAUGCAGGGAUAUGUUUUGGAUUCGAUAAGAAAGUAAGGGAAUCAGCCAAAGAAGACGAACUGGAAAGGAUAGCUGAUAAUUUAAUGAAAAAGCGAAACACAGACGGGAAAGUCGUUGCCAUUUUAUUCACUCAAUAUGCUCUGGCGCAUAGAAUUAUGGAGAUAGUAGAUAAAUCUUAUAGCAGCAAUGACGUCGUUUGGAUCGGAGGUGACGCUUGGAUAGGGAAAGAGCCACCUAUUGGACGACAAAAAACUAUUGAAGGAGCCAUAGGAAUUAGUCCUGAAACCGGACGCUAUCCGGGAUUUGCUGAGUACUUCAAAGAAAUUAAUAUAAGUAGGAAUCCGAAUCCCUGGUUUGGUGAAUACUUGAGACAGCAUUACAACUGUUCUUUAACUGACAAGAACAAUAGUUGUUCUGGAAUCCAAAUCAAAGAUUUCAGAGAACUUUUAACAGUCUACAAUGUCCGAAAUGCUGUAUACGCUUUUGGCAGUGCUUUGGAGGCUAUUCAUGCUUUACUUUGUAGAGGAAAUAAAGAUGUUUGUAUGAACAUGAAAACUAGCCUAUCAGGAGCAUUGCUCCACCAAUAUUUGUCCAACGUUUCAAACCCAUUCAACACGACUUUCCACUUUGUAAAUGGCCGGGACGGUCUAAUCCGAUAUAGUGUGUUACAAUACCAGAGGCAGCAAAAUGACUAUAAAUGGAUAGAAAUGGGAAAUUAUUUAGGACAGGGAUUGAUAUGGAAAACAAUAAACAGAUCUGAAUACACCGCUUCCGUGUGUUCGCUGCCUUGUAAGAAUGGUCAGUUUCGGAGUAGAAGCGAGGUUUGUUGUUGGGAGUGCAAGGAUUGUGACUACACAGAAAUUGUAAAUACUUCUGAUCCUUUCAACUGUCAGACGUGUGAUAUCAACUCUGGUUGGACAUCCAGCCCUUCACAGAACGUUUGUGUGGCUAUUCCUGUUGAUUAUUUUCACUACGAUAAUCCGUUCAUUAUAGUGAUCUCUGUUUUAUCCACUCUAGGAAUCAUUAUUUGUUUUGUUGUGUCUGUUGUUUUUAUCGUCAAACGAACUACACCCAUAGUGAAGGCCACUGGUUUUGAGACAAGUAUAGUCCUCCUGAUUGGAAUCCUUUUCUCUUACAUCUCUCCAUUCAUUCUUGUAACUGAACCCUCUUUAGCUUCGUGUGGUUUCUUCAGAGUGUUUCUAGGUCUUAGUUACACAAUGGCGUACUCGUCAAUUUUCUCGAAACUGAUGGUCUACAAUCGAGCCUUUGAUAUACAAUCAUCUAUGAGGAACAAACCAAUUCAGGGGCAAAGAGUAUUCAACAGAAAUAUAUGUACUAUGAAGACAGCCCUCGUUAUAUCACUGACGCUCUCAGCUGUACAUCUCCUUGCGUUAGUUUUCUGGAGUAUACGGGAUCCUCCGUCACCAGAAGUCAACUUCUCCGUUACACGUGAGGAAGCGCUUGGUAAUCUGUCAUGUGCAGAUCUAAAUAAUUUCAGCUAUUUCGUUAACCUAUCCUUCUCAUUCUUGUUAAUGAUUGCUUGUUUGGUAUUUGCAAUUAAAACAAGAAAGCUUCCGGAUGGUAUGAACGAUUCCCAUGAGAUAAUGUAUUGCUCUUUCACUUCUUUUUUACUCUGGAUUGCAUUUAUUCCUCUAUAUGCCUUUUCUGAAAAUAAACUUGUCAAAGUUAUGUCCCUUUCCAUAUCGUUGAUCAUUCACGGUACAGCUUGCUUACUAUGUCUCUUUAUAACUAAGAUAUAUAUUGUGAUUUUUCGCCCUGAGAAGAACAACAAGGAACGGGUCAUGAGGACCACCCCUAGUCGAAGUCGAGAUUCGUACAGCGGAAGUUUUCAAGGCAGUCGUGCAUUCGAAAACAGACAAUCGUUUGGUGUGACUUUGGAGGAAAAAACAUCCACAAAAUGUACAGGAAAUCUCUCUUCAGCAUGUGUUGCAGACGACACCGAGGAAGGCGGAGAAGGGUACUUUGAGACUAGGGGACCGUUACCAUUCGAAAACUUAAACGUAAUCGACAGACCAGGGAAUAAAGAGGGAUUAGGGAAUAUAAAAUCAGAUGAAAGGUUGACAAAUCACAAAGUCAAUGGUGAUAUUUUGAAAAAUGACAAAAUAUAUGACAAGGAUAAAUACACUCAGGUACAUUCAAACCAAGGCAACUUUCUUAGAAGCAUAGGAUUCAAGCCAAGUAAUUCCAUUAAACACAUCACUUCUAGCGAAUCACAGGAAACGCCUGUCAGCAUUGAAAAUAAACCGGAGGAAAAGAAAUAAGAACACGUCAAAAAAGACGGUCAGAAGGCCGUCCUAAUCAUUACCGGAUGUUCAUUUUAAAGAGACUUAAUUUUUUUCUAUUUUGCAUAUUUUGUGUCAAUACUCAAAUUUGCAAAAGGUACUAAUUUGAA